UUUCUUGUGAGUUAGUUAGUGGGGAGAAGUGGGAAGGGAAGCAGUGCUGUAGUCUGAUGAACUCUUCCAUCCGAGUAGGAUGAGUCCUUCAGGAACUGUGUGCUUCAGCUGCAUGUUGACGGUCCUGGCAUCUCCCAUCCCCUCCUGUCCCUCUGGAUGGUUUCUCCCAAACCAUGCAGAUAGCAGGGCCUGGAUCUCCUCUGGAGAAGCUGUCCCAGACCCAGGCAGAGUUUGUUACUCCUUCUAGCCCAGCCUGUGAAUGGAGGGUUGAUUUGGACGGGCUGUAGCCACCUACUCAGGCUGCUUUCUCUGGCAGUGAAAAGCACACAGCUAAGAGCAUGAGAUUAUUUCCAUGGCUGACUCGACCACAACCAUUGAUGACAUUGAAGGGGAGCUCUUCAAAAUUGAGAGGAUCAGAGAAAUCCUGGUGAGGAGGGAGUCAGAGCUACGAUACAUGAUGGAUGAUAUUCAGCUCUGCAAAGAAAUCAGCCGACUGAAAAAGGAGCUUCAAAAACUCAUAGCCCUUCCAGAGACUGAGAAGUCCAAUGAGGAGAAGCAGAGAGAAGAGGAGCUGGUGCAACAGAUACACAAGCUGGUGGAAACACGGGAUUUCCUGGUGGAUGACGUGGAGUUUGAGAGGCUCAGGGAAAGGGAAGAAGACAAGGAAAUGGCAGAGUUCCUGCAAAGUGAGCUCUCCAAAAGCUACCUCCAGAAAGCAACUCCUGUCAAAGAGAAGAAAAUGACUUCCCGGGGGCAACAAACGUCUGUACCAUAUGUGACCAAAACAGGCCUCACCCUGCUCAAGGAGUGCUGUGGCUUCACCUGCUCCAUCAUGUAGGCAACCUCCAGCUCCUCUGCACAGGACAUGAUCACGGUCUGCAGGCAGAGUCCACCACCUGCUCUACUCCGAGAGUUUCAACUUCCUGUCAUUGAUCAUGCUUCCCACUGCAGCACCAACACCGAGGAGACUUUCCAAGCUUGGAUGAUGGCAUGUGUUCCUUGUGCCGCAUCACCGGUCGUCUACUUCAUGACAUCAACAAACACCGAAUUCUACCYAAGCUCAGCUUGGAAGAGGCAUGUGCAGCAGUGUCAGGCAAGGUCAUGACAAAGAGGACCGAUGCGAUUCUUCAUCUGAAAAGAGUAAUAACACAAGCACUGGGAGCUGRUGUUCAGAGAACAUUGUACUCCACCAUCCAAAAAAUGCUGUGGCCAUGGAUGAGCUCUCAUCUUUGGCCUUUGUAUCAUCUUGUUGGGUGUCUUUUCUAUGGAUGCUUUGUGGGGAAUGUCUCUAUUUUAGAUUUUGUUGUUUCCAUGAGUUUUAAUGCAAUGUGUGGGAUGGUUCUGGAUAAAGCUGUGGAAAGUGGGAAGUACAGUCUCAAUAGGCAGCUGAGUGAAAGGUUGAUUCUUAUGGAUGCUGUGUUGAAGAGUGGAUGAAUUAAUUGGUUUCCCCAUCUCACUGCUACCAGCUCCAGAUCAGGAGAACAAAAAAGGAAAAUUAGAAGAAAAGGGAAAAUGAGCAAAGUUCGGAGAGAAAUUCAGGAGAAGAAUGGGGCAAAGUGCAGAGGGAAGUGAAAAACAAGCAGGACACUAAAAAUGUCACAGGGUAAGGCAGAAAGAGSAGAUGAGAGAUACUGUCACUGCCAGAACCGUACCAAGUCUUGUCCUCCAGUCUCCCAGCCAAUGUCUCCGGGCUUCGUGAGCUACACAUAAAACACUGUGUGARAGAUGCCUGCACCCCAAGGUGCUGCAGUCUAUGCUGUCUCUUCUGAGCACUCAUGUCAUGAUGGCACAGCUAGGACUGCUAAUACCCAUUCUGGUAGAACUAGGGCUCUUUAGCUGUGAAGACUUACCCUUAGCCUGUGAAGCUCUUGCCUUGUUKAUCCUUCUGUCCUUUAGAGUGGUAUGGUUUCACUGCAACAUGGAGUGAAGGAAUAUGGACUAGAUGACCUCUGAGGUCCCUUCCAACCUUAAGCAUUCUAUGAUUCUAUGAUAUCUGAAGCUGUUGCCCAAGCAGGAGUGGUGGGUAGUGUCACAGGUCAUUAYUGGUAGCAUCUGGUCUGUAUCUGAUGAAACAGAUUGGGCUCCUCUUACUCCCUGUUCUUCUAGACCUUGUCCAGUGGUUGUUUUUCUCUGUCACUCUGCAGUUACCCACAUGGUGCUAUAUGGGUGUUUUGAUCUGAACAGAUCAGUGGUUGAAGACCUAAAAGACCCUCUGUGUACUUGAGCCUUCCCCGGGAUCAAAUUGGGGAGAAUAAAUAACUGAACUAGUUUGCUUGGUUGGACUGAGAAGGAGACAAAAGUAAUGGUUCAAAACUUUCUCUCCAUACUGAUCCCUGUCUUCAUCUUUCAAGGUCGAGAUUUCAGCUGCUGAAGCAAUGCUUGAGUGGGCAGUGAGAAUCGGUGAGGAGGAAAUGGGGAGAAUCCUGACCUGUUCUGUGCUGGUUUUCUGGUUGUAUUCAGGUAGCUGGCCAUGAGGAAGGAGACAGACUGCUGUUCU